AUGUCAGUGUAUUUGGGAGACUCCAUCAUGCCCUCAGUCUACAUGCCGUCAGUCUUCAUGCCUUCAGUCUACAUGCCGUCAGUCUACAUGCCGUCAGUCUUCAUGGCGUCAGUCUUCAUGGCGUCAGUCUACAUGGCUUCAGUCUUCAUGCCGUCAGUCUUCAUGCACCUCUUCAUGCCGUCAGUCUACAUGCCGUCAGUCUUCAUGGCGUCAGUCUACAUGGCUUCAGUCUUCAUGCCGUCAGUCUUCAUGCACCGUCAGUCUUCAUGCCGUCAGUCUACAUGCCAUCAGUCUUCAUGCCGUCAGUCUUCAUGGCGUCAGUCUACAUGGCUUCAGUCUUCAUGCCGUCAGUCUUCAUGCACCGUCAGUCUUCAUGCCUUUGGUCUUCAUGCCGUCAGUCUACAUGCCAUCAGUCUUCAUGCCGUCAGUCUUCAUGCACCGUCAGUCUUCAUGCCGUCAGUCUACAUGCCAUCAGUCUUCAUGCCGUCAGUCUUCAUGGCGUCAGUCUACAUGCCAUCAGUCUUCAUGCCGUCAGUCUACAUGCCGUCAGUCUUCAUGGCGUCAGUCUACAUGGCUUCAGUCUUCAUGCCGUCAGUCUUCAUGCACCUCUACAUGGCGUCAGUCUACAUGCCAUCAGUCUUCAUGGCGUCAGUCUACAUGCCAUCAGUCUUCAUGGCUUCCUGUACCUUGUUGCAGGUAGCGAAGUCGUGCAUGGCUGUCAAUACGAUCGCCUGA